AUGAAGCGCAAGGACUUCGACUUCAAGCGGCUCCAGCCCUGUGAAGAACCCUUCUACGGCAUCAUCCCCAGCAAAGGGUCCUACCCGAUUGGCCGAGUUGUUUUGCCUGUCACAUUUUGCACACAGGCUAACUACCGUACAGAAUACCUCACAUUUGAGGUGGCGAACUUCAAGACUUCCGACAAUUCCAUCCUUGAUAGGCCCAUGCUGGCGAGGUUUAUGGCAAUCCCGUACCACACCUACCUCGUUCUCAAGAUGUUAGCUCCAAGUGGAGUCCUCUCCGUCUACGGUGAUGUUGAGACAUCAUACAAGUGUAACACCGAGGCAGUUUAG